GGGGCUGGAGGACGUAUCAUAGAGAGGUCGGAUAGAGGCUCCCGGGACCUGCGUGCUGCCAAGAGAGGAAGCGAAGGGCGCCAUCUUUGGUAAGGACAGGAGGAAAACGUGGGCGGAGAAAAAGUCGACGGAUUAGUAGAGUCUAUCUCCUCCCUCUCUUUGGAAAAAAGAGGAAGGUUUGGGAUUGGGUAACUUCUUUUGAAAAGGAUUCUCCGAGUUGCAGGAUAGAUCGUUGUGUUUUCCCUGCCCGCUGCUGAAAGCCGGCCCUCUGACAGUCCUUCACUGAGUAUCAGUUUUCCCCUCACCUCUAAUCCAUGUUGUGCCUACGUUGUGUGGCCCAAGGAAUUGUUUUAAAAUCACCUAAAGCUGGAAAGUGUGGCUUUGCCACACGUUUGUGCCUGAGACUAGCCACUUGAAGUUUUCGACAGAGACUCUAGCGCAGUGUGGCGGAGCCGCGCUGGAAAGGAGGUUUCUUCAUUUCGUGUGUGCUACAUAAAUGGGCAUGCGUGUACCCCCCUUCCAUAGUUGUGAAAAUGAGUGCAUUAGAAAUAUGAAUGCCAAAUUAGGUACAAAAGUGACUAUUUCGAAUUGGAACAGAAAUGACAGUGAACUACAGCCCCGCCUCCCGAGGCCCCGCCCUCCAAGCCGCCGGUGCGCGGCGGCCCGAGGUCUCCCCGGCAACCUCCCAACAGCCCGGCGGAGCCAGUGGAGGCGGUUGCUGACCUGAGGAGGGUCCGCUGCGGCCAGUAUUUUGUAUCAUGACUUCUCAGGAGAAGACAGAAGAGCCUCCUUUUGCAGAUAUAUUUGAUGAAGAUGAAACUGAAAGGAAUUUUUUGUUGUCCAAACCUGUUUGCUUUGUUGUAUUUGGGAAACCAGGUGUUGGGAAAACAACAUUAGCCCAUUACAUAACACAGGCAUGGAAAUGUAUUCGUGUUGAAGCUCUGCCAGUUUUGGAAGAACAGAUUGUUGCUGAAACUGAAUCAGGAGUUAUGUUGCAAUCAAUGUUGAUCAGCGGUCAAAGCAUUCCAGAUGAACUUGUCAUAAAGCUAAUGUUGGAGAAGCUCAACUCCCCAGAAGUCUGUCACUUUGGUUAUAUUAUCACUGAAAUACCAUCACUUUCACAGGAUGCCAUGACUACCUUACAGCAAAUAGAAUUAAUUAAAAACUUAAAUUUGAAACCUGAUAUUAUAAUCAAUAUAAAGUGUCCUGACUAUGAUUUGUGCCAGAGAAUUUCUGGGCAAAGACAGCACAAUAAUACGGGAUACAUAUACAGUAGAGACCAGUGGGAUCCUGAAGUCAUUGAGAAUCAGAGGAAAAAGAAGAAAGAAACCCAAAAGGACAGAAAAGGAGAAGAGGAGGAAGAGGAGGAAGAGCAAGAAGAAGAAGAGGCAUUUAUUGCCGAAAUGCAGAUGGUGGCUGAAAUUCUUCAUCAUCUAGUUCAGAGGCCUGAAGAUUAUUUGGAAAACGUUGAAAACAUUGUUAAGCUUUAUAAGGAAACAAUUCUCCAAACUUUAGAAGAAGUAAUGGCUGAACACAAUCCCCAGUAUCUCAUUGAGCUAAAUGGAAAUAGACCACCAGAGGAGCUCUUUAUGAUUGUUAUGAGUCGACUUAAAUAUCUGAACCUAAAAAGAGCAGCUGUUAUAACCAAACUUCAGGGUGCAGAGGAAGAAAUUAAUGACACAAUGGAAAAUGAUGAGCUAUUUCGUACUCUUGCAUCUUAUAAACUUAUUGCAGCAAGAUACAGAUGGCAGAGAAGUAAAUGGGGACGUACAUGUCCUGUGAAUUUAAAAGAUGGUAACAUUUAUUCAGGAUUACCGGAUUAUUCUGUGAGUUUUCUAGGUAAAAUCUACUGUCUUUCAUCAGAAGAAGCAUUAAAACCAUUUGUAUUGAAUCCACGUCCCUAUCUGCUUCCACCUAUGCCAGCACCACCAUGUAAAGUAUUCAUAUUUGGACCUCAAUAUUCAGGGAAAACAACACUUUGCAAUAUGCUUGCAGAAAAUUACAAAGGAAAGGUAGUCGACUAUGCCCAACUUAUUCAGCCACGUUUUGAUAAAGCCCGUGAAACAUUAGUAGAAAAUACCAUAGCUGAGGCCACUGCAGCAGCAAUUAAAGUUGUGAAAGAAAAGCUUCUCAUGGAACUGCAAGCGAGAAAACAAGCUGAAACAACUUUAAGAGAAUUUCAAAGGCAAUAUGAAAAAAUGGAGUUUGGAGUAUUCCCAGUGGAGGCAACACACUCGUCAAUUGAUGAAGAAGGGUACAUUCAAGGCUCCCAGAGAGACAGAGGCAGCUCUUUAGUGGACACUGAAGAAGCCAAAACAAAGUCAGAAAAUGUCCUCCAUGAUCAAGCUGCUAAAGUUGAUAAAGAUGAUGGAAAAGAAUCUGGUGAAACAUCCACAUUUAAAAGGCAUUCUCAAGAUGCUGGUCAAGAUGUAAAGUUGUAUUCAGAUACAGCCCCAACAGAAGACUCGAUAGAAGAGGUAACUGCAGAUCAUCCACAGGUUGUGUCCAUGAUUGAGGAGACUAUAAAAAUGUCACAGGAUAUGAACUUUGAACAGCCAUAUGAAAAAUAUGCUGAAAUCUUACAGGAAGUCCUUGGAGAGGUAAUGGAAGAAAACAAGGAUAGGUUUCCUGGUGCCCCAAAAUAUGGAGGCUGGAUUGUGGACAACUGCCCUAUUGUAAAAGAAUUGUGGAUGGUCUUAAUCAAGAAAGGAGUUAUACCUGAUUUGGUCAUCUAUUUAUCAGAUACAGAAAACAAUGGAAAAUAUUUAUUUAAUAGAAUAUAUUUACAGAAUAAAUCUGAAAUUGACUCUAAGAUUUUAGAAAGAUUAUUAGAAGAACUACAAAAGAAAAAAAAAGAGGAAGAAGCAGCAAGAAAAGCCACAGAAGAGGCACUGAGACUUGAAGAAGAAAAUCGAAGGCUACUAGAAGUUAUGAAAGCGAAGGCAAAAGCUGAAGAGACUGAUAAUGAGGAUGAAGAGGAGAUUGAAGGUGAUGAUUUGGAAGUUCACGAAGAGCCUGAGGCACCUGAGGUGUCUCACGAUACCCGAGGGUCAUUGUUACCUGAGGAGUCUGAAGCAUCUGAGGCCCCUGAAACUGAGCCUGAAGCAGUAUCUGAGCCUAUUGAGGAAACUACAGUGGAAACAGAAAUCCCAAAAGGAUCCAAAGAGGGCCUGGAAACUGAAAAAUUAUCUGAAACAGUUGUACUACCUGAGUUUCCAGAAGACUCUUAUCCUGAUGUUCCUGAAAUGGAGCCAUUUAAAGAGAAGAUUAAUUCUUUCAUCAUCCUCUGGAAACAGCUGGAAGCAACAAUUAGUGAGGCUUACAUUAAAAUUUUAAACUUGGAGAUUGCUGACAGAACUCCACAGGAAUUACUUCAAAAAGUAGUUGAGACUAUGGAAAAACCAUUUCAAUAUACUGCAUGGGAGUUAACUGGGGAAGAUUAUGAGGAAGAAACAGAAGACUACCAGACUGAAGCAGAGGUUGAUGAGGAGCUAGAGGAAGAGGAAGAGGAAGAGGGUGAAGAAAAAAUUAAGGAGAGAAAGAGGUAUUUGGGAGACACAAAACACUUUUGUCCAGUAGUCCUCAAAGAAAACUUCAUCCUACAACCAGGAAACACAGAAGAAGCAGCCAAGUAUCGAGAAAAGAUCUACUACUUUUCAAGUGCUGAGGCUAAAGAAAAGUUUUUGGAGCAUCCUGAGGACUAUGUGGCUCAUGAAGAACCACUGAAGGCUCCUCCAUUAAGAAUAUGCCUUGUCGGCCCCCAGGGCUCUGGCAAAACUUUGUGUGGAAGACAGUUGGCAGAAAAAUUAAACAUUUUUCACAUUCAGUUUGAAGAAGUUCUUCAAGAAAAACUACUACUCAAAACUGAAAAGAAAGUGGGACCUGAAUUUGAGGAAGAUUCUGAGGAUGAACAAGCUGCCAAACAAGAACUUGAAGAGCUUGCAAUUCAGGCCAAUGUCAAAGUUGAGGAAGAAAAUACAAAAAAGCAGCUUCCAGAAGUACAACUUACAGAAGAAGAAGAAGUAAUCAAAUCAAGUCUAAUGGAAAAUGAGCCAUUGCCUCCUGAAAUUCUUGAAGCAAUACUUUCUGAGUGGUGGCUUAAGGAACCAAUACGUUCCACAGGUUUUAUAUUAGAUGGUUUCCCACGAUAUCCAGAGGAGGCCCAGUUUUUGGGGGAUCAUGGAUUUUUCCCAGAUGCAACUGUUUUUAUACAAGUUGAUGAUCAAGAUAUUUUUGAUCGCCUCCUUCCUGCCCAAAUUGAAAAGUGGAAACUAAAACAAAAGAAGAAAUUAGAAAGGAAGAAACUGAUCAAAGACAUGAAGACAAAAAUCAGGGUUGAUAUGAUUGCUAAAAGAAGGGCUGAACUUAUAUUGGAGAGAGAGAAAAAAAGGAGGGAGAAUGUUGUUAGAGAUGAUGAAGAGAUUAGUGAGGAAGAACUGGAAGAAGACAAUGAUGAUAUUGAAAACAUCCUUGAAGAUGAGUUUCCAAAAGAUGAGGAAGAGAUGAGUGGUGAGGAAGAUGAAGAACAGGAAACUGAUGCAAUUGAGCGCCUGAGAGGUGAACUAGGAGAAAAAUUUGAAUCAGAUACACAUAAUUUACAAAUAAUACAGGAUGAACUUGAGAGGUAUUUGAUACCAAUAAUUUCCAUUAAUGGAGCUCGGAAAAAUCACAUUGUACAAUAUACAUUGAAUAUGAAACUGAAACCACUGGUGGAAAAUCGUGCAAGCAUUUUUGAGAAAUGUCAUCCAAUAUCAGCAGCCCUUGCCCAGAAAAUGCUCAGCUUUACCUACAAGUAUAUAAGCUCAUUCGGCUACUGGGACCCCGUAAAGCUAAGUGAAGGAGAGACAAUCAAGCCAGUUGAAAAUGCAGAGAAUCCAAUUUAUCCUGUAAUCCAUCGUCAGUAUAUUUAUUUUUUAUCUAGUAAAGAAACAAGAGAAAAAUUUAUGAAGAACCCAAUCAAAUAUAUCCGCCAACCCAAACCUAAGCCUACUGUGCCCAUUAGGAUUAUAAUUGUGGGGCCUCCAAAAUCUGGGAAAACUACAGUUUUAUGUUUUUCAGUUGCCAAAAAAUUUACAAGCGAAUAUGGGUUAAAGCAUUUAUCAAUAGGAGGAGCUUUGCGUUAUGUACUAAACACUCACCCGGAAACAGAGCUGGCACUUAUGUUAAAUUGGCAUCUUCAUAAAGGAAUGACAGCACCUGAUGAACUGGCUAUUCAAGCCUUAGAACUUUCUCUGAUGGAAAGUGUGUGCGGUACUGCAGGUGUUGUCAUCGAUGGAUAUCCUGUAACUAAACAUCAAAUGAAUCUCUUGGAAGCCAGGUCAAUCAUUCCCAUGGUCAUCUUUGAAUUGAGUGUGCCUUCCAAGGAGAUUUUCAAAAGAUUGCUCCUAGAAAAAGAAAAUGAACAAAGAUUGCCUUAUCCAUUGCACAAUAGCACACAAAUUAUAGCUGUCCAUAAUGUAAAGUAUCGCAAAAAUAUUGGUGAGAUUAGGCAAUACUAUCAAGAACAGCAUCAGAACUGGUAUGUGAUUGAUGGAUUUCACAGCAAGUGGUGGGUAUGGAAUGAAGUCAUUAAGAAUGUUCAAAUGGUGAAUAAAUAUAUGCAGACAUACCUGGAGAGAAUAAAAGCAGGAAAAGCUGCCUGCAUUGACAAGUUAUGUAUCACACCUCAAGAGCUGCUUUCUCGCCUGGGAGAAUUUGGACAGUUCUGCCCUGUCAGCCUGGCAGAAUCCCAGGAAUUAUUUGAUUGCUCUGCAACUGACUCCUUGGAAUUUGCAGCAGAGUUCAGGGGGCACUACUAUAAAAUGAGUUCUCAGGAAAAACUGAAUAAAUUCUUGGAGAACCCAGAAUUGUACGUGCCUCCCUUAGCACCUCAUCCACUCCCACCUGCUGACAUGAUCCCCAAAAGGCUGACGCUGUCCGAGCUGAAGAGUCGAUUCCCUAAGUGUGCAGAGCUCCAGGGCUACUGUCCAGUGACCUAUCAGGAUGGAAACCAAAGAUAUGAAGCUCUAGUACCUGGUAGCAUUAACUAUGCUUUAGAAUAUCGUAAUCGUAUAUAUAUUUGUGAGAAUAAAGAAAAACUCCAGAAAUUUUUGAGGUCGCCGCUGAAAUACUGGGAACAGAAGCUUCCACACAAGCUUCCCCCGUUAAGGGAACCGAUACUUCUUACUAGUCUUCCUUUGCCUGGAUAUCUGGAACAGGGUAUAGCAACUUCUCUAAUUAAAGCAAUGAAUGCAGCGGGAUGCUUAAAGCCCAAGUUCCCCUUCUUAAGUAUAAGGAGAUCUGCACUGCUAUAUAUAGCACUUCAUCUCAAAGCAUUUAAUCCCAAAGGUUCUGAAUAUACAAGAAAAAGUAUAAGAAGAAGAUGGAGCAGUUUAUGGAGAGUUGUGAACUCAUAACAUACCUGGGUGCCAAGAUGACCAGAAAAUACAAGGAACCUCAGUUCAGAGCCAUUGACUUUGAUCAUAAGUUAAAGACCUUUCUCUCUCUCAGAAAUAUAGACCCAAUUAAUGGGUAGUUUACUUAGGUGAUAGCAGCCUGAAUCUCAAGAGUUAUCUGAAAGUGAUAGAGGGAAACUGAGAGAAGUAGAUUGAAAAUCUGGACCUCUUGGAAGUACUUUUGCCUCCUGAGCAACGUACCAUGGCUGCCAGACUUCAGAUGAACUCAAAAGGUCUGCCAGCCAGGAAGGAGCACUCUUAUGGAAACAUAAGUUUUAAUACAAUUUUAAAAUGUAUUGCUCCUUGCCUGAACUUGGAUGCUUUAACAAAAUAAGCAUUCUAUUUAUAAUUGCAUAUAGAAAAUUUAAGUAACUUAUUUAAUAAAUGUAUUAUUUUCCUUUUUAACAUUUUCAGUAGAAAAGUCAGUCUCUGUUAAAAUUACUCAUUAAAUGCUAGAAAGCUUUAAGAAACACAAUUAACAUUCUUAUAAAUGAAACCAAAAUAUGGGUUAUACAUUUUACGUAAGAAAUUGUUUGUGAACUUUGUGAACAUAAGAUACUAUCAUUUUCCCAAUAAAAAUAAAUGGAUUUUG